AUGGCAGCUACAUUUGCAGUGCCUGCACCAAAAUCUUCAAUUUUGGAGAACCCAUUAGCUUCGAGAGAACUCAAUACUGGAUUUGUUAGUGGAUUGCCAUUAAAGGGUCUUUGUUUUCAGUUGAAACCCAGAAAAAAUAGAGGUGGAAAUGAUGUCACUUUGGUGGUUUCCGCUGCUUCAAGCACCGUUAGCGGCAGCGAUGGUGGUGGCGGAGGCAGAUUUUACUUCAAUUUCACUGGGUUUCCGUUUCCUCUUGGCCCUUUUCUCAACAGGCGGACUAUCAGAUACGAGGUUAGCUUUGUAAUCGGAACAAUUCCUCUUCGUUUACGCUGUGUAUUGUUGUUGAUUUAUCUCAAUAUAUUGAACUCGCUAGGUUAA